UUCAUCGCCUUCAUUUCACUUUUCGCUUCUCACUCUACAUCAUGUUCACUUGGUCAAAUCUCCGUCAAAUGGCGCCCUUUUUUUCACAGAGGCGCACUCUGCCCGAUCUCCUCACCGUCGACGCCAAAACCCUCGCCUCUGGAUUGACGAAUGGACAUUUCACGAGUGUUGACUUGGUGGAGAGAAGCCUUGAGAUGAUCCAGAAGCAUGAUAAGUAUCUUCAUGCGAUGUUGAGCAUGGUUCCGAAAGAUCAGCUGCGACAGAGAGCGGAGGCGCUUGAUAAGGAGCGAAAGGAUGGCAAGGUUCGGGGGAGUCUUCAUGGGAUCCCGAUUGUGAUCAAGGACAAUAUCGCAACGGUUCCUGAGUUGGGAAUGGAGACGACUUGCGGUUCUUGGGCGUUGCAUGGCAUGACUCCGACUGCGAAUGCCGAUCUCGUCGACAAGCUCAUCCAAGCUGGACUCAUCAUCAUCGGUAAAGCGAAUCUGACGCGACUCACUCCUUUCAGAAGCAACGACCUCCCGAGUGGAUGGUCCGGCAAAGGUGGACAAUGUCAAUCCGCCUACGUCCGCGGCGGUAUUGAUCCCGAGGACAGUAACAACGGUCACAGCAACCCAUCCGGCUCUUCAACAGGCUCAGCAGUCGCCGUCUCCGCAGGUUACGCCCCCCUCUCCAUCGGCACCGAAACAGACGGAUCCCUCGUAUCUCCCGCAUCCCGAGCAGCUUUGUACACGAUCAAGCCAUCAAUCGGACGAGUUUCCCAGUCUGGAAUCAUUCCAAUCAGUCAUACCAUGGACUCUGCAGGACCCAUGGCCAAGACACCACACGAUCUCGCCGCUUUAUUGGAUGUAAUCUCAGGGACUGAUGAAUUCGCGACUCUGAGAGGAUCUUGGGAUGAGUUGUCGAUUGCGACGGUGGACUUCAAGAAAUGGUGGCCCGGGGAAGAUUACCUCAAACCUGUUGAAAGUGCGACAAAGCAAAUGCACGCCGAGAUCCAAGCUGCAUACGACAAAAUGGAGGAGCUAGCAAAGAAGUAUGUCGGGGAUGUUCCUCUUUCUCCCCCUUCUGAGUGUUUCAUGCUUGAUGGGCAGGACAGUGAGGAUGUCAUUAUGAUGGCCGACUUCAAGCACGACCUCAACAAAUAUCUCGAGUCGGCGGAAAACUCCAAGAUCCAUUCUCUCAAAGAUCUCAUCGAGUUCAACAAGACGCAUCGCGACCUUGAAAUGCCUCCUGGCUACGAUGACCAGGGACUCUUGAUCGACGCGGAAGAAUCGGAUCUAUCCCCCGAAGACUACGAGAAGAACUUAUCUCACCUGCGAAAGGUUACGCGCGACGAUGGAUUGGAUCGUAUCUUCAAAGAAUACGGUGUUGAUGUGAUUGUCGGAUCAAGUGACACAGCAAUCAAGGCGUUUGCAAGUGGAAGCGGAUACCCCGUUGGCAAUGUUCCCCUCGGAUACCUAGACUUCAAUGGAAGACCUUUCGGACUCGCAGUUCUCGCAGCUAAGAACCAGGAAGCCAAGAUUUUGAAGUUCAUGAACGCAUGGGAGGGUACUUUUGGUCCAAGAAAAGCUCCGCCAAUGCUUCAGUGAUUGUCGGAUGAAGGGAGGUCUCAACUCUGUGUGAGAAAGACAGUGCGCGGAUUGCGACUGGCUGUCGGCCUCAUUCUAUGGUGGUGUUCUGGGCAUGGCUCUCAUUAGACAGAUGCGUGAAUAAAGUGGUGUGAGACCCCAACUGAGAACUGCAGGGAUGUAGUGGAUGGCUCAAGCAGGCUGGCUGCUUACUUGCAUGUGCGGGGAUGACACGGGUGAGGC